AUGGGUAGCGGAAAUACAGCCAAAACCUAUCCACCGGUUUUAUACAAGAAACUCAAACCAAUUCGUAAAUCACCAAAAGAGUUGCCUCAAGUCAUUACUCUUGAACAAAUUGUAGAAUCACUUCCAAAGGAAGUAUUUGAAAAGUCUGGAUUCAAGUCUUUCUCGUCACUCUUUUUGACCAUCCUUUUCAUUGCAUUAUCCAUUGUAUUUAUGAACCAUGUCCCAUCAUACCUUUAUCCAAUCGGUUGGUUCCUUGGUGGUGCUUCAAUUACUGGUUUAUUUGUAAUUGGUAAUGAUUGUAAUCACAAGUCAUUUUCAAACUCUUCAACAAUCAACAGUGUCGUUGGUACUAUUGUUAUGCUUCCACUUUUAUAUCCAUUCCAAUCUGUUAAAAUUAUUGAUAGAAUUAAUUUAAAUAAUAAUAUUAAAUCAAAUGCAUCAUUUAUUAGAAACUGGGCAACAGGUAAAUAUUUUUGGUUAGUUAGUAUUUGUAACUGGGCCGAAAACUAUUUCAACGUUAAAAAAGUAGAAGACAAGGAUGACAAGGCCAAAGCCUUUACCUCUAUUGUAUUGGUCUAUGUGUUUGCCGGUAUCUUCUUCCCAUUGAUCCUCAAGUUCUUUGGUAUCUCUGGAUUCCUCAACUACUGGCUCGCACCAUGGCUCAUCUACCAUUUCCUCGCCUCCACCUUUACCUUGUUGCCACGUAUCCCAUUCUUUGAUGAACGUGACAAAAAGUAUUCCGUUCACAUUACCUACCCCAAGUGGUUUGAAUUUGUCGUCAAAGACAUCAACUUUACCUUGCCACGUCAAAUUGCAGUCACCAUCCCACAUUACAAUCUCCGCAAGGCCUAUGACGCCUUUAAGAAGAACUGGGGUGAAUACAUCUUUGAAAUGCCAUUCGAACAUGAAAUGCUCAAAGAGUUGAUUACCCGUUCACAAAGUUUCUCAGAGGAAAUCUUUUCGCCAUUUGACAAUCAACCCAUUGCCAAGCCAACCAACCGUCGUUAUGUUCCACCAACCUCUCAACGCAAGUCACGUACCGUUUCUGAGUUCCUCAAGGAAAUCAACUGGCUCCACGCCAGUCUCCUCCUCACCACUCCAGUCAUUGCCGUCUAUGGUAUGAUGAGUGUAUCACUCACUUGGAAGACAUUUGUCUGGACCUUUAUCUAUUAUCACAUGACUGGUAUGGGUAUCACCGUUGGUUACCAUCGUCUCUACUCUCAUCGUUCGUACAAGGCUACUCUCCCCAUUCGUAUUCUCCUCUUACUCUUUGGUGCCGGUGCCAUUGAAGGAUCGUGUCGUUGGUGGUCUCGUGAUCAUCGUGCUCAUCACCGUUACACCGACACUGACAAGGACCCAUAUAGUGCUCACUCUGGAUUCUUUUGGUCGCACUUUGGUUGGUUGAUGAUGAAGCAAGAUCCAUCCAAGAUUGGUCGUUCCAACAUUGAAGAUCUCAACGCCGACAAAUGGGUCAUGUGGCAACACCGCAACUAUCUCCCCAUUGCCUUCUUUUUUGGUUUUGUUUUCCCAACACUCGUCGCUGGUUUGGGUUGGGACGAUUGGAUGGGUGGCUACUUUUAUGCAGGUGUCCUCCGUCUCGUCACAGUCCACCACUCUACCUUUUUCGUAAACUCCUUGGCUCAUUUCAUCGGUGACACUCCCUACGACGACAACCACUCGCCCAAGGAUUCAAUCAUCACGGCCAUCUUGACGUUUGGUGAAGGUUACCACAACUUCCAUCACGAGUUCCCAACCGACUAUCGUAACGCCUACUCUACCUUUGGCUACGACCCAAGUAAAUGGGCCAUCAAAUUGAUGGAGUUGCUCGGUCUCGUCUACGACCUCAACACAUUCUCCAAAAAUGAAAUCCAAAAGGGUAUGAUCCAAAUGCGUCAAAAGAACGUUGAACAACUCAAGCAAGUCAUCCACUGGGGUACUGCCAUUGAAUCGUUGCCAGAAAUGACCGAAGAAGAUUUUGACGCUCAAUGCAAACAAGGCAAGAAAUACAUCAUCAUUGACAGUAUCGUUCUCGACGUUGAAACCUUUAUCGACGAGCACCCAGGUGGUGUUUCAUACAUAAAGAUGGGUCUCGGUAAAGAUGCCACUAAAAUGUUUAGAGGUGAAGUCUAUGGUCAUUCAAAUGCUGCAAAUAAUCUUAUCAGUCAAUUUAGAAUUGCUAGAUUCAUUUCAAAAGAAAAAAAUAAUUAG